GCUCAUUCCAGCGUCUUUAUCCACGUUUCCUGUCCCAACAACCCGAUUCAAUCCCGGGCGUUUUACGCGACAAAAGGCGGUAGUUGCUCUCUUACCUGCACAUAGUUGUUUUCGCAGUAGUCUGCUACUCUGGUGAGGUUUUGGUAACUCUCCACGAGCGCUCUUUUACCGGCAGGAAUCUCUUCCUCUAACAACAUUUGUAGCUCUGCCAUCUUUCUUACAUCCCUCCUGCAGAGCCUCCCUUCUCUCUCUCUCUCUCUCUCUCUCUCGCUGCCUUCCCUGUGAUUGAAACGGCAACCAGCUCAGCUCUGCUUCAAAAAAAAGAGAAGAAGAAGAAGAAAAAUCCUCCGCCUGCUAUUGGAUUCCUGCCCUCGCGCUGGCGUGACCUCAAUCCCGAAGAUCGUCUGUGGUGAGAAGGAGGAGUCACUCUGCUGUGUAAAAGUGGGACCAUAUUGGAGCGCUGGAUUCAAGAUGUCUGAGUUAUACGAGUACAUUCUUGGGAAAUAUUUUCACUGGGAUGGUCCAUUAGAGGAAAAAACAGUAAAUAUAAAAUGUGAAAUCAUAAUUUAAUACCUAAUUCUGAAAGUGACUAUUAUACUUUGGUAAUUUUAGUAUAUUUUGAUGCCAAUAAAUUGUACAUUUUAGUGCAUGAUUGAGUAUUUAUUUGCCCUCCAGUCUAUGCUUAUCCUAAGUGCCAUUAUUAUACAUAUAUACCUAAACACUUAAAGUUUAUUAAAGUUUUAUGAGAGUAUUACAUACAUGGACUUGGACUACCACAAGAUUGUUGCUCUUUUGAAAACUUUGUAUUGCUUUUUAAACCAUGCAAUGAACAUAAAAUACUUUAUUUUAAAGAUUAAAUAGCAACAAAAAAGCCACGGUCACCAAUGAAUAUUUGUCAAUUAUUCAGGCCUCUACUUAUGAAAGCAAGUUCUCUUCUUUUUUUGUCUUCAGUUAUACAUGUUCAUGAAAUUAUGAAAUACAAUUAUUUUUUGGUCUUUGCAUUGUGGCCAAAACAAACCUGAGGUAUCUUUACAUCUACCGUUACCAAUUAUUAUUAUUUUACUGAUUCAUUCAUGAUUAAAUGCCACAGAAUAAUGAAAAACACAUCACAAUAUCAUCAAGAGCAAAGUGAUGUAUUCAAAUGUCUUGUUUUGUCUGACCAACAGUCCAAAACCCCAAAAAUAUAUAAGCAAAUCUUUACAUUUGAGACCUGGAACUUGGACAUUUUUGGCAUUCUUGCUAUAAAAUAAGUGAUUGUCAACAUUCUUGGUGAUUAUGUCGAUUGAGUGAUACAUUAAUCAACUUAUUUCAGAUCUAGUUACCUUACAACGAGUUGUGGUACUCGUAAAUAAAGACACAGUGAGAGCUUAUUCUUUUUUGCCCCCGUCUACCCAUCACCCUUCCAACUGUAAAAAAAAAAAAAACACGGAUCCUGACUAGGGAUUAUGGGAAGUGUAGUUUUACUUAUAUCUGUAACCAUGACGGGUUCAUGUAAUGAAUUCGAGACAACAUCGAAAUAUAACACCACAAGAAUUCUUAUGUUUCACUUCUUCAUAGUUUUCUGAUUUAUUCAGUACACAUUUGUCAAUUUCUGUUGAGGCGGACGUGAAGGAUUGUGGAGCUUGUAGGAAAUAUCGAUAUGCAGUAAGAAAAAAAACUACAACUCCCUUACUACACGUCUGUCUGGCUUUAUUACACUGUUCAUGGCGUCUGGUCGAAGGCUAAAGACGGGUCGCCUUCUGACAGACAGAUAGGCCGUUGGCUUGAACGGUUAUUUGUGUUGCCUGCCUGCAGUGUGACACCAUGGAGGUGGAGAGAGUCAUCGUGGAGGAUGAGAGGCGUCUGACCCUGCUGAGGUUCGAGGCUGCCGUCAGAGUGAUCAAGAGUCUGGCCCCGGAUGGUCCCUUUCAGCCCUCCAAUGAUAUGAUGCUCAAGUUCUACAGUUACUAUAAACAGGCCACUGUGGGCGCGUGCAAUAUACCCCGACCUGGCUUCUGGGAUGCGGUUGGCAAAGCAAAAUGGGACGCAUGGAGUUCUCUUGGAGACAUGCCGAAAGAAGAAGCGAUGGCAGCCUACGUGGAUGAAAUGAAGCUGAUCCUGGAGGGGAUGCCCAUGUCGGACGAGGUGGAGGAGCUCUUGCGUGUGCUCGGCCCGUUCUACGAGCUGAUUGACGAGAAGAAGAAGAUCACACAGAUAUCAGACCUGAGCACCGCCCGUUUGACACUGUUUGCUAGACAACUGGAAGGGCUUGGCACGAUGUUGAAUUCAGUGCCGUCGAAGAGCAUCACGAAGAGCAUCGUCAGAACAAUGGAAAUGAACGGCACCCUGGAGACUCGUCCUGCCAGGCUCGAAGUGAAGGAAAAGUCAGAGGAAGAAGAGGAAGAAGAGGAAGAAGAGGAAGAAGAAGAGGAGGAGGAGGGAGAAGAGGAAGAGGAGGGAGAAGUAGUGAUACGGGAGGUCAGAAAAGACAAGAAAUCUGCAGCGUCUCUGCCGAAGAAGAAGGGUUCAGCCAGGAGACACAAGGCGCCGCUGUCCAACGGCAAAGUGGCCAACGGGGUCACGCACCUGACCAACGGUAAUCACUCCAGGGACUCCCAGGAGGGAGAGACUCUGCUCAAUGGUCACCACGUGGAUCCCGGUGAUGAAGUGUCUGGUCCGAGCCACGUGGCCAGUGACUCUGACAGCGAAGUCUACUGUGAUUCUGUGGACCAGUUCGGCCAAGAAGAGAGCUCAGAGCACAACCGCUCUUUAGACAACCUGGACGAAGAGGAGAACCACGUCCUGCCGGGUCUAGAGGAGCCACAGACGGAUGUUCACGGCGCACUGCGGGGCAUCAGGUGUGGAGGAGAAGAUGGGGAGAACGGUGGAACGAUGUCACAGAGACAGGGACCGAACACAGACCGGCCGGACGGCUCUUUGGUCAGAAGAGGACGGGGCUCUCUUGGCGGCGGCUCUGAAUCUCUGAUGCCCAUGUACGGUGGUGGGGACGGUGACGGGGACCGCUGGGGAGGAGCGCUGACACCUGGAGGGAGCCUGAACGAGCAGAUCGUGGUGGCGUUGGCUCGACUGCAGGAGGACAUGCAGAGCGUUCUGGAGAGGCUGCAGACCCUGGAGGCUCUGACUGCUAGCCAGGCGAGAUCAAUGUCUCUGCCUCCAACGUAUGCGUCCCCCCUGGUGAAUAAGAGGAGUCAGAAACCGUCCUGGUGGCCUUUCGACAUUUCUCCCACCAGCUUGGCCUUCGCUGUAAUUUGGCCGUUCGUGGUGCAGUGGCUUAUUCGCCUGUACCUGCAGAGGAGGAGAAGGCGGAUCAACUGAACCUGCUCCCGUGGGCAUCGACGAUGGAGAGGAGUCGUCCACAUGUCUUUGGUUGGGUUGAUAAUGGCGGUAACCCCCCCCCCCCCCCACUUAGACUCACAGCCACGUAAUUUGCUUUUGCACUAUGAAGAAGGCACCUAGAGUGAGAGGAGGAUAGCUCUCCAGUGUGUUGUACUGUGGAUGUGGAAUCAAAUAGAAACAUGAAUGUAUGGAGCAGCCUGUGACAGGGAUCUUUGUCUCUGUAACGACUGCUUUGUGUUGAGAGGGGGAAACUUACACAUGUUGUCAGCGUUUUGAUAAACCUGAACUGCAGCAGCUUCUCCGUUAUUUCCAUAAGUAAGGCGGCUGUGUUGCACAUAAAAUAGAUGAGAUACUUUGUUGUUUUGAGCGUAACGCUCGAUGUGGUAAUAAAUUCUUACGAUUAUCUUUCAUUAGUUGCCCAGAAAAUGCUGCUAUAAUAUGACUGUUGUGUAGUUUAGAAGGGAGGAUUGAAUGUAGUAAUAUAUUGAUAUGUGCGAUUCUGAUAAGUUCAUAUUUAUUGCUUUUAGCAGGUUAAGAUGAAGGCGCUGAUGGCCAGAUUCCAGCCGUAUAAAUGAGGUUGAAGUAGCCGUUAAAUGUUGCGUGUCGGUUAGACAGCGUUGACACCUGUCCUGCUGCACAUCAGUCUGUGCUUUACGUCAAAGUGCUCUCCAUUCAUCAUCGUUUCCCAAAUACUGUAGAAGAAGUGCCUGAACAUCAGAAGGUACAUUCAUACUGUAGGUGGCAUUAUGGUUUCUUACAUUCACAGAUUGUAGCAUAACUGUUCCAGCGCUGGACCAAAUUAACAUUAAUCAUACAACCUCGUGAGAAUCUCAGCCGUCUGAUUAUUAACACUCGUCGCUGUGUUUACGCCGUCCAGAUUUGAAUCUGUGAUGUAAUAUGUUUGUAAGCAUAUUGUGGAAAGAUUUCGUGUGAGUGAUAUUAAUCAAAGGUUUGCAAAGCAGUGAGAUCUAUGUAAAUUGUAAACAAAAGCUGUACAGUUCAGAUUAAAAUGCAGUAUUUUAAUUGCAUUUCCAUGUAUUAAUGAUGUAGAAUACUAUAUAAUGGACUAAUGUUUGCAUCUGCAAUAGCACUAAUAUUUCUCAGAACCAUUAUGUUUUAAUAAAGUAAUAAUUUACCUUUCUACUGAAAUGUGCCGAGGCUUCUUACCUUCUCUGCCUGUGGACAGAGUGGUGUUUGCAUGCGAUGAUCCAAGCCGCAAAUAAAGUUUGUUAAAUAUUUUAA